CAUUCACAAUUUCUUUACCAUUUACUGGCAGAGGCACAUGUUGGGAACAUCUGCAUUAUUUCAGGCAUAUGAGCAGCCACUUAAUUUAUUUGUGUGUGUGUUUUUGUCAAUUUUAAAGUUGCACUUAGUAGCACUGUUAAGGUCAUAUAGCAAUUUACCAGCUUUGCUGGUGGAGGAAGAACUCUUCAGCCUAUUAUUUCAUAGACAAGCAGGCAUCUGAGUGGAAUCACUGAGCUUGCAGCAGCUAUUUGAAGAGUUUCCCCACAAGAAAAAAUCCAAAUACCCUUUAACUUCCAAUCUUAGCUGUCAUGAUAUCCUAAGGGAAGGUUUCAAGCCACAAUAAGUGAAUGGCAUUUUCAAUUCUAAUGCAUGAAUAUCACAAAAAAUGCUAUUGGAAAAAUUCUUGCAGAAAAUGAAUAAACCCAAAAAUUAAAUAGCAUGAAUGAGAAUUUGAGUAGCAUGAAUGAUAAUUUGAGUAAACUGGUAAUCAAAUUUUUUCUUUCACUAACUUGAAAACAGUGCUUUUUUUUUCUUUCUUCAAUUUAAUGUGUGAAUAUCACAAAAUCAUGCUGUUGUGAAAAUUCCUGCAACCUUCCGUGCUGAUAAAAAAUCAAGUUAACUAUGGUAUAUCAACUUGAUAAUCACACUAAACCCAUGUUUUAUUUUUUUUACCUUUUCCCUACCAAUCGUGUAUAACAUUACAAAAUAACAAUCACCACCUAAGCAUAACAGUAAUAAUACAACUUGUUAAAUAUCACAGUCUCCAUAUAUUCUGAGAAACAAAUUACUUUUCCCUGAUAAUUAAUUUUAACAGCAUUCGCAUUGUUAAUAUCACACUGAUACUAUUUACAUACAUAAAUAAAUUGUAUCAUCAGAAAUAUUGUGAAACCUACUAAUAUGAUUACACCAUAAAGGCAAGUUUCUGAUGAAAAAAAUUAAGCAGUAAUCAUAUUUCAAAAGGUACAGAUUUUAUUACUUGUAAUUACAUUUUCACAAGCUAUGAUUUGUUUGUCACUGCAAUUGUAUCUCCUGGGGAAAAAGGGUUUUAUUUUCAUAAACUGAAACAUUAGUGAGCAGAUCAUUUUCAUCAAGCUUUCAACCAAGCAAAGCAACAGUAGAAUUUAUUGAAUGAGAGAAUUUCACCAGUCUUUCAAGUUUCCUAUUAAUUGUCAAACAGCACUUGGACUAGGAAAUUGUGAGGAAAAAUAACCGAGAAUAAUUUCUUGAAUACUGGCACAGUUGCAUGGAAAGUAUCAAUAUAUUUCACAUGUUCAAACUAUACAACUUAACAAGUGACAUAAACAUGAUGAUUUUCUUCAACUAUUAAGAGAUUUAGGAGAAACAGUUUUCUGGAAAUAUAAAAAAAACUGGAUUUUUUUCCAUACUGAGCAACCACAUUGUCAAUUACAAUUCAUAUAAAGAAUGGAUAGUGGACAACAAAAUGGUUCGAACAUUUCCAGAAUGAUAUGGACAAUUGGAACACCAAUAGUAUUCUUUGUAGGAAUUGUGGGAAAUAUUAUCACAAUCAUUGUUCUGACAAAGAACCGUCAGAAACGCUCGUCAACAACUGUUUACCUCACAGUGCUAGCGGUCACAGAUCUGCUCGUCAUGACGAUAUCGUUACCAAGAUGGUGGAUGAUAUAUACAUUUGGAGUUGAUAUUCGGCACUUGAGUAACGGUAUGUGUAAACUUCAUUGGUUCAUGACCUACUUUGACAGCGCACUCUCGGUCAGUAUCCUUGUUGCGGUGACCAUAGAGAGAAUCAUCAGCACCGUGAAGCCUUAUCAAAUGAAGAAACUGUGCACGGUCGCAAGCGCCGCUACAAUAUCCAGCAUCAUUAUUGUCGUCAUGCUGUUACUUCACUCGCAUGUUUUGUACGGCUUCUCAUUGUUUCAUACAGAAAUUAGCAUUACAAACAACAACAACAACUCAAGCAAUGGUACAAAUGCUACAGAUAUGACAGCAAACUUGACAGAAAAUACUUCUUUUACGGAAACAAAUCAAAGAAACUGCAAUAUCUCUGGUGUAAAUGAAAUCUCAAACUGUUCCAGGCAAGCCGCUUUAAAUUCUACUGUAUUGAACGAAGACAAAGAGUUUCGUACUCAACUGGUAAAAAUAUGCUGGCUUCAAAACUCAGGCUAUGUGAAAUUCUACAAUAGCUCAUUUCAAAUAGUAACAAUUUUACUCUUAAAUAUAAUACCAGAGUGUGUUUUUCUGAUUGGUGGGAUCAUUAUUGUCAGAAAACUGAUGACAGCUCGACGACGUGUAGCGUCCAAUCAGUUGGAACCAAACGGAAACCAGCACAACUAUCAAGCCGACUCAAAUUCGAGACAGAUAACACUGACGUUACUGUUGGUCAACAUCGUAUUCGUCAUCUGUACAAUGCCAGUUCUCAUUUUCCUGGUAAAACGGUCUGAUUGGGUCGAUGAAAAAAAGGGCAUGACCGAGACACAGGAGAUUAUCUGGGCAAUAUUCAACCUUAUGUUCUACACAAACCAUGCCGUCAACUUUAUUCUGUAUUUUCUAAGUGGUAAAAAGUUCAGGAAGCAGGUAAUUGCCGUGUUUCGAUGCAGGAAUCAAUCAAGUGAAAAUUUUGUGACAAGAACUCGAGUAACCAGUGUUUUGUAAAGGCUUACAGGCAAUGUCAUCUUACCAACAAAAUGGAUUUUAUA